AAAUGGGUCAUAUGCUUGUAUUGUACAGUGUGAUCAACUGCUGGUUGCAAUUGGGCGGUAUGUUGUUACAGGUUUUGGGUACUACAUAGCAUACGGUACACGGCACAUUUACUCUGUGGUAAGUAAACAGCAAUAUCGAAAUGUGAUAAAACUAGAUCAUGAGCUUAGCUCCGGUAUCGAGAAGGCGGCAACUUGAGCUGCAAUUCCAGACAAUCUACACAAUGUUAAGGAACAUGUAAAGAUGCGUUAAACCGGGUUUGGAUCGGGUGGAUGGCAACGUAAGACAGAUACGAUGCCCAAUACAGGCGCAGGAUGUUCGAAUAUCGACAUCUCGAAGUGCAUAUGCUGUGCAUCGCCGUCGUUGCCUGGGUAGUCUCGGUACUUCAAGUGAGCUUGAGUUACGCGAUGUACGUUGCAGACUCUCGACAGCUGAUGCUGUAUGUGGAAAUAGAAGAUAGCCUGGUGCUUGGCGAGCAUACGCGAGUAUAG